AUGAUUACGGCGGAUACUCUUAAGGCCCCGUUCUUCUCGGCGACUCGCUGCUCCACAGACUUCGUUCCCGCCUACAAAUCCUUCCUCCAUCGUACUCGAUUCCUUCUUCUUCUUCUAGUCAUCGUUCUCAAUGCAGUCGUCUACAGUAACACCAUUCUCAUCAAUUUCGUGGUGAUAUGCAUGUCAGAGGAGAAUUUAGAAAGAGUUUUGAAUGGAUCUCACAAUGAAAUUCUUCUUCGUGAAGCCAUCACAUCGAAUAUGAAAGAGUUCCGUUCGUCAUGGUUCACGUUCAAUGGAUUACAGAGGAGUAUUAUUUUCAUGAUGGCUCCGUUGGGAGGACUAGUGGCAAUUUAUCCAACAUGGAAGCUGAUUAUGAAACACGGUUAUCGUCGUGUUUGUUCCAUCACUUGCCUCAUCUCAACCCUCCUCUGCGCCAUCCUUCCAUGGGCCAUUUUCUACGGUUUUCCAUUCGUCAUCACCGUCCAAUUCCUUCUCGGUGCCACUACUCCAUCAGCUCUUCUAUUAGUGCCAAGUGUCAUUCGAAAGUGGUCGACCCGGAAAAAUGACCACUUUUGUUUCCUCGUUCUGUCAACAUUUCAACAGAUCUCCCCAUCGACACUCUACCCAAUCUCCGCUUACAUUGCGAAGAGUUUCUUGGGAUGGCCGGUAACCUUCUACUUCCAAUCGAUAGUUAGCUUCAUUGUCACCAUAACCUUUUUUUAUUUUUAUAAAGAAACACCAGUUCGUCAUGCAAAUGUUUCGGACAACGAAUUGGAAAAGAUUCAGAGGAGUGAAGCGAUCAGAGGGGAUCUUGAUUAUAAGAAAAUGUUCCUCUGCCGUCAAUACCUAUCCGUUUCCUUCUCCGCCUUCACUUAUUUCUUCACAAUCUCCUUCUUCAUCCAAUAUCUUCCCUCGUAUCUCUAUGACAUUAUGGAUCAAUCAUUGGAGAAAACCGCUUGGACUGUUUCUCUGAUUAUGAUGAUCCACCUAGUCCUCAAAGUGUUCAUCUCUAGAAUAUUCGAGAAGAACCCACGGCUCACCAAUAUCUACUCUAUCAAAUUUAUUUCAUUCGCUAGUUUUACCGGUUCAACUGUGAUCAUGAUCACUCUAUUUGUCACCACAUUUCACUUUGACAUCCAAUUGAUCUUAUACGCUGCCAUAUUUGCAUUCCUUUCUCUGUCGUGGCCAUCAAUAUUCAAAAGCUCAAAUAUUAUUAGCAACAAGUACUACCUUCCAGUGAUGGUUCGAACUCAUAUCAUUAUGUUUUAUUUUGCCUCGUUGAUGUCAAACGUUCUUCCGAUCAUUUUUGGAAGGAGAGAUUCUUGGGACAGGUGGAGAUUCAUCUGGCUCGGAAUAUCAGCUCUUCUCGUUCUCUCCGUAGUAUUCUUCUGGAUGACUUUCCGAUUUGAAAAAUCAGAUUGGGACGUAGUAAUCCCUAUCGAACCUCCCCAACCUCCUCGUCCUGAAGACAUUGCUCCUGUUUCACAUCCAAGACCAUGCAGAUAUACAACUUCUUUUGAUGAUGAGAUAGUUGUCUCCAUCAUUUCUCGUGGAUUGGAUCGAUGUGAUACUUGCAAAAAGCAUGGAAUCGAUGCGAGGAUUCAUCCGAAAGACGAAGAUGAGGUGAUUCCAACGAGACAAAUGUUCGAUAGACUGACUCAAGAGAGACAAGAAGAAAGAUCUUCUAUUACGAGGUUUUGA